CAAUCCGUACGUAAAUUUAUUAUUGAAUUAAUCUUCAUGUUCCAACAACCUUCUGCCGUUAAAAAAAAAACAUUUUAAACGAACAUAGUCGGAAGAUAAACCUAGCCGGACAGGAAAACAAUAAGAGUAAAACAAGAUGUCGCUCAUCUUACUGAGGAGUUGUCCUAGGUUGUCAUCAUUAAACGGCUUUUGUCGCUUUGUAAAACACGAAAGUGUCAGCUUAAAACGGUGGAGAAAAGCACAGUUUUCUUGCCUAUCUCCCGGUGGCGUGGGGGUGUCUUUUCGACCGUACAGCCCCGACCGGGGCGAACAAAAACACAAUCAGAAGGUGGUGGUCGUCGGCAUCCCAAACCCUUUCAUUUGGAUACGAACACGAAUUUACUACUUUCUUAUCAGAGCAUAUUUUGAUUCGGAUUUCAACAUCAACGAGUUCACACAAGGGGCGAAACAGGCUUUCUGUCAUGUUUCAAAACUACUGUCUCAGUGUCGUUUUGAUGCUCUUGACGGGCUGGUGGCCAAAGACUUAAUUGGAAAGCUGGAGGAAAAGUGCAGCCUACUCCCACUGAUGUACAAAAUCGCGCUGUCUGCUGAACCCGACGAGGUCAUGUACACCACACCAGGAGAUGUUGGCAUCUACUACGAUGACAAUGGGAGAAGGUUUGUAAGUAUUUUGAUGCGUUUCUGGUACCUGACAAGCGCACAGCUUCCUGACGACACUUUGGAAGGGACUCGUAUCUUCCAGGUGGCUCUUGGAGAGGCAGAAACACAAACCAAGAGGCUGCUGACUGCAAAUUAUGAGUUUCAAAGGGAGUUCACUAAAGGAGUGGCACCAGACUGGACCAUUACACGAAUAGAGCACUCCAAGCUUUUGGAUUAAGAUUUAACAAAAGAAAAUUCCUUUGGAAAGUAGGUGUGAUACAAUAGCUCCAAUGGAAAGAAGUAGGGCAAGCAAACAGAUACGGCAUGCAUACCGUCUGCAGUAGAGUUGCAGCUUAUUUUUUCAUUGUUGUAUUGAUUUUCAGCACCUGUUCAACAAGGCUUUGUGUAUUUAUUUCACACCCCUUAAUAGAACCUUUGUGAAAUAUCAGACACUUGUCUGUGUUUUGAUGCAGUGUGUAUCAACAAGAUUGUUUUAUGAUACUCUGA